AUGAGUUCUUCUAGGACAGGCAAGGCCCUUUCGAAAUACAAAAUUGUGUUUCUUGGAGAACAAGGCGUUGGUAAGACGUCUCUUAUUACGAGAUUCAUGUAUGACACGUUCGAUGAUCAUUAUCAAGCUACGAUAGGGAUUGAUUUUUUAUCCAAGACAGUGUAUUUAGACGAUCGUAAUAUCCGAUUGCAACUUUGGGAUACGGCGGGGCAGGAAAGGUUUAGAUCGUUAAUCCCUUCUUACAUUCGGGAUUCUCAUGUGGCUAUUGUGGUAUACGAUGUGACGAAUAAGAGGAGUUUCGAGUAUAUAGACAAAUGGGUGGAGGAUGUUAAGACUGAACGUGGAGAGGAGAAUUUGAUACUUUGUAUUGUUGGUAAUAAAAAUGAUUUAGUGGAUGAGAGAAGUGUUUCGACGAAGGAGGGGGAAAUGAAGGCUCAGCUAUUGAACGCGAAGAUUUUCAUGGAGACAUCGACCAAGGCGGGGUUCAAUGUGAAGCAGUUAUUUAAGAGUAUUGCGAAGCUGUUGCCUGAGUUCCAGAACACGAAGGUUUCGUCGGGAGUGUUGGAUGGCGAAAGUGAAAAACAUAAUAAUGGUGGAGACAAGCCUGGUGUAAUUGACAUUUCGACGCCUGCUACUGGGGGAAAUGAAUCAUCAUGUCAAUGUUGA